UUCAUAAAACUUUUGUAUAACCAAUAGGCGUGGCAGUGCGUCCAUUCGGCGAUCGCUUUUAGCAAAAUCGAGGCGUUUUUGUCCACAGCUUUUACGGAGACGUUAUACUGUACUCCUCCUUCGGUUUGCCGGUGUUUGCAAGGAAGGCAGUACGAUAGCAAACCGAUGUGUUAUUGCUUUGAGUGCUGUUGUAUGUACAUUUAUUUCCAUCUACACUGACCAAUUAUAAAUCGAAGCAAAAGAAAUAAAUCGCAAUAACAAUUAUGACUUAUUCCCAAUUUGGGCCAAGCGGCUAACACCGGCAAAUUCAGUGCCAUGUCUGCCAAUCGCUCGGCAAACAUUGGGUGGGACCAUUCCAAUAAGGCAAAGAAAGGCAAAGAAACAUCGAAUAGAACUUGAGGAAGAGCGAUUUAGAAUGGACUCUACACUAAAUGGCGGUGUUGGGAAUGAUGUCGAAACUUUACCAGCCUGGCUGAAAGUAGUAACUUUCGAGAAUGCAGCACGCGCCAGUGUAGGCGAAAAUUUUGCGAGACUAGUCAACGCUCGCUUUGAAAGCGAUUCGAAAAGUAACGAUAACUAUUCCUCGUUAUUGCUGCGCCUCCAUUUGGAUAUCGAACUCAAAGAUGGUAGCACAAAAACGGCGACUUUCGUUCUCAAAGCGCCACACAGCAAUGAAUUGAUGUUGAAAAUAUUGAAUUUAUUGAAACUCUUUCCGAAAGAAGAAAUAACUUAUCACAAAAUUUUACCGAAAUUCGAAGAGCUAUAUGAACAAGUGGGAAAAGACGUUAAAUUUGCACCCAACGCAUAUCAAAUCGAUCGUGAUAUUGGUGUGGACUACAUUUUGCUAGAGGAUCUGCGUCCAAAAGGUUAUAAAAGUGCCAACCGAGUUAGGGGUUUGGAUCUGGAGCACACCAAGCAUGUGCUUCACAAAAUGGCCGAGUUGCAUGCCGCUUCCGCCUGUUAUGUGGAACACUUUGGCAUGUAUCCCGAGGAAUUCACUGUGGGCGUUUACUCGAAAAACAAUAAGGAGCUGCUGAAGGAGUUCAAUGCAUCCGAUACAUUUUUGGCUCAACUCAAAAAGUGGAAAGAUGGUCAGGCCUACUAUGAGAAAUUGGCUGACAGCGACAACUACUUGGUGGAUCGUUUGCUGCAGGACCAAGUUUACAACCCAAGCGAGUUCAACGUACUCAACCACGGCGAUUGCUGGGUGAACAACAUCCUCUUCAGGUACAACGCGUUCGGUGAAAUUAAGGACACUCGCUUCAUUGAUUUCCAAGUCGGCAAAUAUGGCUCGCCCGCUCAUGAUCUUUACUACUUCAUUUUAUCAUCAACUGCAGCAGAUAUAAAAAUUGCACAGUUCGAUUAUUUAGUGCGGUAUUACUUUGAUAACCUCGUUGAAAACUUAAAACUACUCCAGUAUCACCGUCCCCUGCCGAAGCUGCGGAAUCUUCACACGGCGUUGCUUAAAAACGGACUAGCAGCCUACUUAGUUGUGUCUAAAGUUUUGCCGGUUGUUAUGUUGGAGAAGAGUGGCAAUGAUUAUAAAGAGGAUCGCUUGCAAGAUGAGAGUAAAAUUAAACUGGCGAUGUACACUAAUCCAAAGUAUGUUGAGGCAAUGUCUGAAAUCCUUCCGUGGUUGGAUAAUCGCGGCUUGCUUGACUGGAAGUAAUUUGGAAAUGCUACUCGUAAUAUUAAAUAUAAAAUGCACUGUAUCGGAGGUUUACAUAAAUAGCCAUAGCUGAGAAAUUCUAAAGCGAUAAUGAAACAAUAGCGAAUCUUUGAUUACACUCACUGAGAAACUUUUCCGUUAUUAAUAAAAAUUUAUAAGUAUUAUCGGAA